AUGUAAGACGAUCGAGUUAGAUACAUGUAUUAAUUUUGUUAUAUAAUAGGAAUUCAGUGUAUUCUGAACAUAGAAAGGAUCUUUCUAAAAACAUGGAUGUUGUAUGUUUUGCUAUGGCAGUUGAAUUAGAUAGAUUGGUACAAGAGAACAAUUUGCUUAAAGAGGAAGUCAAGGAAAUAUCAAAUCUUAGAGUUGAUCGAUUAAAUUAUGAAAAACAAAUUGGAGACUUGAUGAAUAGAUUACAAUAAUUAAUGGCUGAAAAUGAUAUGCUAAAACGGGAUAAUGACAAAUUGAAAGUCCAACUAAAUUAAGCUAAUUUAAGAACUCAAUAACUUGAGGGAUAAGUUUAAGACUUUUAAUAAGAAAUCUUGAUAGUAUCCAAUAAACUAGAGGACAUUACAGGAGGAGAUGGUGGUAAAUUAAAUAGUAUGAUCUCUUAUUUUAGAUUUUGAUAUUGAAGCAUUAAAAUAAAAAGCAGAGUUAUUGGAUAGUUUAGCUAAAGAUGGACAAUCAAUGGAGGAUUUAUCAGAUUUAUUGGAUUAACUUAGAGAGAAAGCAGAAAAAUAUGAUCAUCAUUUAGAAUUAUUAAAUGGAAGAGAUCUUGAAGAUGUUUUAAGUGAUCUUGAUGAAUUAGAAAAGUUAAGGAAAUUGGUUAAAGAACUUUAAGCUAAAUUGAGUGAUUUAUAGAAAGAAUUAGAUACAUUAAGAAAGAAAUCAAAAGAAUUAGAUGAUAUGAAAAAGAAAUUGGGAGAUGAUCCUAAUAAAGAGGUUGAUAAAUUAAGAAAAUAAUAAAAAGAUUAAGAAGAUCUUAAAAAGAAACUUACUGAUGCUUUGAAAGAGAUUGAAUAAUUAAAGAAAUUAUUGAAUGAUAAAAAUGCUGAAUGCAAUAAAUUAGGUUAAUAAGUUACUUAACUUACUUAAGAUAAUUAAGUUAAAGAUCAAAGAAUUUAGGAAUUAGAAAGAUAUGCUUAAUAAUAUUAAGAAUUAUAAAUAAAAGUGAAUAAAUUAGAAUAAGAAUUAGAUAAUCUAUAAAGAUAAUUAAGAGAUAAGAACCAAUAAUUAGAAGAUAAGACUAGAUUAAUUGAUACAUUAAAUAGAGAAAUAUAAUAAUUGAAAGCUGAAUUAUAAAGAUUAAAAGAUUAGAUUGCAAAUUUAGAGAGAGAAAAAUAAUAAUUAUUGUAACAAUUACAAUAAAUGCAAAAUUAACUUAAUUAAUUAUAAGAUUAAUUAAGAAAUUCUUAAGCAUAAUUACAAUAAUUAAAUUCAAUAGCAAAUUAAAAUGAUGAUGAAAAGGAGAAAUAUGAAUAAGAAAUAGAUGAAUUAAAAAAUGAAAUUGAUUCACUAAAAGAAUAAAUUGAAGAAUUAAAUGAUGAAAUAGCAAAAUUAAAAAGAAAGAUUUCAGAAUAAGAUGAUUAAAUUGAUUCAUAAACUAAAACUAUAUCUAAUAAAAUUUCAAGAAUUAAAGAAUUAGAAGAUCUAUUGAAUCAAAAAGAAAAGGCUAUUAAAGAAUAAGAAAUUAAAAUUAAAAAAUUACCUGGUUCAAGUGUUGUCGUUGGUGGUGGAAGAGGAGGUUAAUCAGGAUAACCAGGAUAACCAGGAUAAGGUGGUUCUGAUGUUAUCAACAAAUCCUUUAAUAAUUAAUUAUAAGGAGGAACAGGAUAAUCAAGUAGUUUUGGAACUAAAGGUGGUCUUGGAUAAGGUGAUGAAUCUUAAAGUACAGUAUUGUUGAGUCAAUAUUAAGAUGUUUUAUUAGCUUAUCUUUUGAUUGCAGCUGAAAAUGAAAGAAUUAAUGAAGCCUUAAAAAAUACAGUUUAAGAAUAUGAAUAAGUAUUAGUUGAUUUAAGAAAUGCUGAAGGAGAGAUAUCAUAUUUAAAGAAAUCUAUAUCAGAUUUGUAAGCUUAAAUUAAUGAUGUAAAUAAUUCUUUUAUAUUUAGCUUCGAUUCUAAUUGGAUGAAGCAAGAAGAAAGGCUAUGAAUACUGAUGAAUUAGAAAAAUUAAGAAGAUAAAUAACAGAUUAUGAAAAUAAAAUAGCUUUAUUAUCAAUGGAAUUAUCAAGAUAGAAAAAUGUAUCUUCUUCAGGAAUAUAAGUAAUGUCUUAAUAAUUAAUUUCUUAAUAAAAUACAUAUGGAUAUGAGGAUAAAUAGAUGAAUUUUGAUUAAUAAUAAUUAAAAUCAUCAAAAGGAUCACAACGAAAUUUAAAUAUCAAUGGUGAUGAUGAAUCUUGGAGAUUAAAGAAAAUCAUUGAAGAUUAAUUAUGUUUGAUUGUCCUUAUGUCAGCUGAACUUGAAACCUUAAGAUCAUAAGAGUAAUCUAAUUAAAGAUUAAGUUAAUCAGGAAUUCAAAGAUCUACAAUCUAAACUAGUUAAGUUUAAGUAGGAUAUGGUAAAAGCACAAUAUAUUGA